AUGAGUUGCGAAGAGCCCACGACAUCUCCUACGCCCGAAAACAAUAUCACCGUUGUCUCAUCUGACGGAAAGGAAUUUUUAUUAGAUCUGAAACUUACUGAACAAUCAGAAACGCUGGCCAGACUAAUUUCAAACUUUGAGUAUGAUCGGACUGACGUGAAAAAAGAUCCAGUGCCGUUGGGAAAUAUUACAAGUGCUCAGAUGCAGAAAAUAAUCGAAUGGCUUCAACAUCAUCGUUAUUAUCCGAAAUGGGAACAAAAUGACAUACAUUAUUCUACAUCUUUCACAUUUGAGACAUGGGUCGAGGAGUAUUUAAAUAUUCCCAACAAUGAGAUGUUCGAAUUAUUGAAUGCUGCCAAUUAUCUCAACAUUCCUCGACUGUUCAGCACAAUAUGCCGUAUAAUGGCAUCAAGAAUUACUGGGAAAUCUGCUGAACAAAUUCGAACCGUUCUUAAUAUAAAAACCGACGUGAAAAAUGACGUCUACACUGGUAUUCCUAUUCAAGAAGACUCAUCCUCCUCCGAAGACGGAAUGAGCGAAAUAUCGUUGAGCCCAAGCCCCCCACCGAUAUGA